AGUCUGAGCUAUUUAGGAAGGAAUGCCUGGCAACUUAUUAUUUGUCAUAAAUGGAUUUAAGUUUGCUGGAGUAAAACUUCUAAGACUGUGCUAUGAACCCGUCGUUCCUUCUCCGUUUGUUUGCAGAUUUAGUGUUUAUUAACCAAAAUUGUCCUCCAAGUAUUAAGGAAACUGGAGUAAGAGAAGUUUAUUUUAAAGAAGGAGAAAAGCUGAAGCUGAGUUGUGUAGCAAAUGGAGUUCCAAAACCACUUUACAGAUGGACAAAGAAUGGAAAGGUGUUCAACCUAAGUCGACACAAGGGUCGUAUAGCUUUGCAAUCUAAUUCUGGUACACUUCUUAUGAAGAGAACGAAACGAAGAGAUGAAGGAGUAUACCAAUGUGAGGCCUGGAAUAUUGAAGGUGUGUCACUGUCAGAUAAAAUAACAGUAAAGAAAGCUAAACUGGAAGAUUUUAUUGAUACAAAGGAUGUUACCCUGAAAGUAAAACGUGGACACUCGGUAAACAUAUCAUGUUUAGUUCCUCACAGCACGCCUAAGGCAAAUAUAUCGUGGGUUCUAUGGAGUCUAAUCGAUGCAUCAGUCACACAAGUUAACUUUGACGAUAGAAGGUUUACUCAAGACCUCGAAGGAAAUCUGUAUGUCACAAACGUGAAAGACGAAGAUUAUCAAAAUGGCAGAUUGUAUGUUUGUAUGGCAAGUAAUGACGUGGCUGGGCAAACGACGUUUUCUAACGGAACUGUCAUUAAACCAACUGGAAAGAAAGAUGCUAAUACAUUUGUAAGACCGCAUCUAAUGUGGGCAUCACCCGAAGAAACUAUUGGAAUUAUGGGAGAUCCUUUGAAGCUGAAAUGUAUAUUCGGAGGAAAUCCAUCCCCAAGCAUGCAAUGGUCAUUUUCUAACAAUUACAAUAAUUUGCUAGUGAAAAACAAAACAGGAAUCAGCGUUGAUGGGCAAGAAUUAGGCUUUAAUCGAUUGCAGUUGACAGAUAGAGGAAAAUAUACAUGCUACGUAGAUGAUCCAACUGGCGACAGAAUAGAACACGUGAUAAACCUUAUUGUCAAAGCUAAGCCGUUCUGGCUUGAGGGAGGUCAGCCAAGUGAUAUUCAUGUGGAGAGUAGAACAGGAACAGUUGCUACUUUUUCAUGUAAAGCGGGAGGAUUCCCUACUCCUGAAAUAAGCUGGUAUAUAAAUGGCGUUUCACUAAAAGAAUCUAACAUCUCAGCAAUGUCAGAAAACAGAUUUCAGAAUCCAAAUGAUUGCACCGUCACUAUUACUGACAUACGACUGACCGAUGCCAUGGUACUCCAAUGUAAUGCUUCAAAUAUGUAUGGUUACUUGUUCUCAGAUUUCUAUCUUAACGUCUUUGAAUUUAAACAAAGGGAUACAUAA